AUGUCUACUGUUGGCUUGACUAUUGACUGCUACGCCGUCCUGGGCGUCAGCCGCGACGCUGAUAUCAAAGAUAUCAACGCCGUUUACAGAGGGCUUGCGCUAAAGUCGCAUCCUGACAAGGCGGGCCAUACUGAUGCUGCCACUGAGCGUUUUCGCGCGAUAACAGAUGCGGUUGAAAUUCUUCGAGACCCUGUUCGUCGGAGCCAACUCGACCGCUCACUGUGCAAAGCUAGAUUCGCUUCACUCAAGCCUGAAUGCAAGUUGCCAACUGGGACCUCAGGAGCCUAUGGCAACUCCUACCCAAGAAAGAAACGUUGCCCCAGAGAGAGAAGACGCCGAACGCCUCCCAAUCCUGAGACUUUCAGACACCGCGAUACCUUUGAUGCCUGCAAAGAUUUGAACUAUAUGCACAGUUACGGCAAUAGUGUUCACAUGGACCCAAACUCUGAAGAUAGUAAGGCCAAACGUGCGGAUUUCCAAAAAGAGAGCGACCAAUGGAGCCGUGAAUGGCAAGGCAUUGACCCUGAGAUGGAAGAUCUGCGUGCUAAAUUGCUCAAGAAGAAGAAGGCAAGAUACAUGGCGUAUGACAGGAGUGAUAUGGUGACAGAAGCUGGUGACUUUGAACCCGACGUGGUCUAUCGGCCUGAGUCCAACCGUGGCCCAGAUGCUAUGGCGACUCAGGCUGGAGAUGGCUUUAACCGCAGUGUGUUCAAUCCCCGUAGGCCAGAUCGUUCCAACAAGUUUGUUGAAAAGGAACAUUACGCUGGCACAAGCACUGGCCCCUUCAAGCCUACCGACUACAAGCCUGCUGCAGACAAGUUUGCCGAACACAAGGCUGCCAAAUCUAAGCCUGCUGAGUCCACUGACCCACCUUAUGGGGAAGAAGACCUCGGUUUUACUCCCGACACGCGUGAUGUUGACACGGAUGAGGACGAUGGCAACCAUUUUUACCGGCAAAAGCCUACAUCUCGCUCCACUGGACAUGUUUUUGGACCCAAAGUCACCAACGAAGCUCAGCCCUAUUUCAGCCCCAGCGCCAAUCGGAUUUCCCACAAGCGUUUCACCGGCUGCAACUCUGCUGCUAGCUCGGUUGACAAAGUCCCAACUCAAAGCCACGCUGCCAAGCCCCCCAAAGCUGCUCAUACUGCCAAUACUACCGAUACCACCGAGAACUCGAUCAAAGACGCACCCGCAGGCUUCACAGACCCAAUCGACAGCUCCCCACCUCUUCAGCCUACCAACAAGGACUUCAGUGAGGAUUCAACCAACAAGAACUCAUACAUUAACUCGCAGUUGGGAACUUGCGAGGCCCUGAAGCAUCUGGUUCCUUUCUUCCAACAGAAGAUCCGCGCUCAUCCUGAGCAGUACACAGCAAAUGAACUGUAUGGGGAGCUUAACGGAGUCAUCUUGGAGACCUACAUCGGUUGGUUGGUGGCACUCCGAAGCUCAGUCAGAGAUGUCGAGCCCCCGCACCAUUUGAAUAAACCGGUUGAUUGUGCACACAUUGGCUCCUGGAAAAAGGAGUUCAACCUUGCGAAGUGUGACCGGUGUGGUCUCUGCAAGCCACUUUUACGGACCCUUGUUUUGCAGGUACCUGAGGAGGAAAAGGCCGAUAUAUGCGGUGCAUCUCACGAUGAAUCUGACGAUUGA